AUGUCUGUCUAAAAAAGUAAUAAAGAAAAUUCUAAAAACAAGAAAGUUACAAUUUCAAAAGAUGAAAAGAAUGACUAUAAUUAUAUGAUUAUGAGUCCUAUUAAAGAACUAUCACCAAUAUAGGAGAAAUUAAACGAAGAGCAAAAAUGUAUUGAAGUUAUUGAAUUUGGAUGGCAAAAACACAAGUUAAGAAGUGAAAUACGAUAUUUGGAUCAAUUUUAUACUGCAAAUCCAAAUAUAUAAAAAUCUGAUAUCUAGCGCCUAGAUUUAGAUAGUUGUUUAGAUGAUUAAGGUAAACCUAUAUAUCGCAAAACAACUUAAGCAUUGAUGUAAAAUAUGGCAUUAAAAAUCUAAUCUCGAAUAUAAAUGGCAGGAGAGUAAAUUUAUUAAUCAAUUCCAUUACAAUAGGCUUGUUUAUGUGAUUAUCAUUGUUUCAAAGGUGAUUAUGGUAAGGAUUGGAAAGGGUAUUAAGUGAUAAAGAGCAAAAUGUUGAGUGGAACAAAAAGAGCUUAAACAUCAAGCAAAAAAAUAAUAUAAUAAUGAUUAUAAUUAAAACGGAUUUUGUAUUGUUUUUAUUGAUACUCACAGUUGUUGGAGUGCGGAUUUCUGCUAGUCCAGAAGCAAAAGUCUAUAAUUGUGCUAAUAUUGAAAUGAUAGAAUUGAUUGGUGGUGAUCCAUUACCAAUUGAUACAAGCAAAGAAAGAUAUGUGAGUUUUUAAGGUGAUGUAAGAUUUUCUGUAAAAACUCACAAAUAAACUAUGGAUAGUUUAAAGGAAGGAAAGGAUUAUUUUGGAACUAAUUCAAUUCACUAUAGUUCAACUUAGAAUGGAAUUUAUAUAUUUGUAGUUGAAAAAUCUCAAGAAAACAUUAUAUAAACAUAUAUCAAAACAAAUUUAAAGAGAUAAUAUAAGUAAGCUUAAAUACCUAAAGCAUUUUAUUUGAAAACAAUUAUAGAAGGAGAUAAAAAAUAUGCAAUACAUUAAAUUGUAAUUAGUGAUAAAUAAGAAAUGAAGAGAGAAUUAUUUAAAGAAGAAAAAGAAACUAUGCAAUCUGUAAUAUUUAUUUAAUAAUAGAGUUUACUGGUUUACAAUUUUCAAAGAAAUGUGUGAUUAUUGUAUUUGCAACAUUAGAAACUGGAACAAAUUCUGAUUUCACUGCAGAUGAAUCAUUCUUAUAAGGAAUUUAAGGAAUAUUAGAUGAUAUUAAUAAAGGAAGUAAAUAAAUUUUAAUCAAUAAGAAAAGUGUGAUCAAUUUUUUUGUAAACCACCAUCUAUUGCCAAUCUAGCUGAAGCUUUGUCUGAUCUUCCAGUCUUAAAAAUUACAUGUUAAAAAAAAAUGUGUGCAUAUUCUUAAGGUGGAUAAACAAAAGUCCUUUUCACAAAAUGUAUUUUUUUUAAGUUCUAUUAGAAUAUAGAUCCUUUUUUAUAAACAGAUAAAAAUUUUAGAUCCCUUGAGAAGACAAUAAAUGGUAUGUUAUUAACAACUAUAUCACCUAAAAAUUAAAAGUUUGUUUCUAUUACUGCCUAAUUAGCCAUGAAGUUUAACAUUUAAGAUUUUGAUUUUCAUUCUGGAGGAUAUAGUGGAGCAUUUCAAUCAAUUAAAAUUGGAGAUUAAAAGCUUUAUAGUGCAUUAAUAAUAGAACCUGGGUAUAAUGGAAUAAAAAGAAAAUUACAAACUCAAACACCUGAAUGUAACAUACUCUUUGUAAUUACUAGUAUAUGAUUUAUUGGAAGGAAUUGAAAAGGUAAACUCCAUUUAUUAUUUCAUGAUUAUUACAAGUAAAGGACCAGAAGAGUUAUUUAAUGAAAUUGUUUCUGUUAUUGAAAAAACAAAAGUUUCAGAUUAAAAGAAAUUUGAAUGCACUCCAAUUCAAAAAGAGGAUGAUAUAUCAUUUAUUUAAUUGAAUUCAAAGGUUAAUGCUUUAAAAACAUAAAAUAGAGAUGAAAAUUCUGAGGAAUAUGAAUAUGUUUAUGAAUAUGCUUAUGAUGAAAUUAAUGAUGAUGAACUUGGAGAAUAUGAAUAUAUCUAUGAAUAUUAAUAUGAAGAAUUACCAGAAGAAUUAAAUUAAUAAGAAUUCUAUGAAGAAAUAAAUGAUAUAUAAUCAGAUUAAAUUGAAUUUGAUUAGUCAACAGAUGAUGAUUCAGAUUCAGAAGAUACGGACAAUCAAAAUAUUCCAAAAGCUGAUUUAUUAGAGGUUUAAUAAAAUGAAAUGUGCUUCUAAGCUUUUUCAGAAUGUGAUUUCUAAGGUGCUUCACUUAAAAUUUGUGGACCUAAUCCAAGUAUUCCAAAGGAGUUAUAAAACUUUUUAAUCUAAUCUAUAAAAAUGCCUGAUUAAAUAAGAAUUACAUUCUAUACAAAUUAACAAUAGAAAAUCACCAUUGAAGGAGAUUAAGAAUGCUUAUAAAGACCUUUUGAAAUAGAUUAAAUGAAACCUUAAAGAUAACUGUUGAGUCAUUAAUGA